AUGAAGGCCAAGGCCUUGCGGCAGAAGCAGGACGCCGGGCUGCCCGCGGGAAAGGCGCCUCAGAGGAGCUGCGGCAGCGACCUGAUCCUGACUCCCACCCUAAAUCCCGUGGAGCAGGGGCGAAGGCAUAACAAACCUGUCGCAGCAGAAGGUCGGCAGAGACCCGCCGAGGUGCCUGGUCGGUGUAUCCAGCCAGAAAAAGAAUUAUUUUGCACUCGGAUUCCUGAGAACCGAACCACAAAAGCACUAGCCAUAGACCCUCUGGUAUUGGAAUCCCCUCAGAAGUUCUUCUUGCGUGUAAAGCAGAAAUUGCAGCAGCAGCGAAAAGAUCCAACACCUUCAAACCCAAUCAGGCAGAUUCCUCCUUCCACAACUACAGAAAAGCCGUUAGUCAAGUCUGCUUUUGCUGAGCAGCUCAGGAAUGAUCCUACAGAGUAUGUGGCCACUGAUAAGGAUGAUCAGGAUAAUUUCCUUAUGGAAUCAAUGGAUGCUGAUGAUGAAAUGUCUCAAAAUACAGUGACUAGUUCUGUGAAUUUAAACUCUGCCCCUUUUAAAAAUGGGGAUCAGCUAGAAGAAAGGUGGGGAAAUGGAGAAGCAAAACGUACUGAACUUCAUCAAGACAGAAGAGAAUUGGAGCCAAGUAAUGAGCAAGCUGCUCAUGGAGUAGAAAAGAUGCUGGAGGCUAAUUCUCAAAAGCCCUCACAGUGCUUAUGUAGUAUUAUGCUCUCUUCGCCCAAAGUCCACAUUCCAAGGAAGCAAAAGCCGAAAGAAGGCUGUAAGGUCCCUUCGGAUAAACCUCGCACAGAUCAAGUUGCUGGCAAAGCAGACAAAGAGAAAAAUGUCUGCCUAACCAGUUGGAGAAUUAAAGUGAUGGAUGGUAACACUGCAAUAUGUGUUGAAGGAAAACGGAAAGAUAUGAAAGAUCUUUCUUGGCAUAGUAAUGCAAUUAUGGAACGCAUAGCACACAACCAAGUUAAAACAUCAUCCGGCAGUAUCUACUUGCUACAGGGAAAUAUAGAUUCAGCUUCGAUGAGAAAAGAAGGAUUUCCCUACCGUUUCAUCAAAAGAUUUACAUACGGGUUUUCCAAAAAGUGGAAGGAAUAUGUUGAGGAGUUUCUUGAGGAAAGAAGAAGGAAAGAACAAAAACAAAAUGCUUGUGAGGAUGAAAAUGAAGAGAGUGACUCAGUGGUGGGUACGGAUGCGUUGAAAAAUGCAGAAGACUCGGCAAGAGAUGUAAAGAAACCUGAAACCAGAAACACCACCUAUGAAGUAUCACCGAAGAAUGAUGAAAACGCUUAUACAACACCAAAGCGCAAUUCCAUAUUGAAUGACUCAAACAGAGUUUACACUCGUAGUGGCCGUCUUGUUAAACCACCAUUAAGUUUCUGGUGUGGGCAACGUGAGUUUGUUGAUCAGAAACUAAAUGUUACUAUAGAAGAAGGUGGAAUAGAUUAUUUGAGCAUGAUGUUUAGUAGUGAAAAAUCCCAAAGAAAGACCAGUUCCAUCUCUAAGAAGAAUAAAAGAAGGGAAGUAAUAAAGACAACAGAAGAAACACCAAAAAGCCAAAGUAAAGGGAAAAACAAUGAAAAAGGAGUCAGUUCCAAAAGAGAAACCAAGUCCGCUGGAAGCAAGGAGGCCAGGCGCUUCGUUUCAGAUGAUGAUGACAGUGAUCGUGCAAUCGAUAGUACAAACAUUAAAACACAGCUUUCUGUUAAGCUGACUCCCUUAAAUAAUGAUGUACUAAACAAACGUAACUGUAAUAGCAGAAUCCCAGGAAUGACAAAGGAAAAGAGAGGAACAGAAUAUGGAGAAUUGACUACGUAUUCGCAGGCUUACAAGUACUCUUUAAGGUCAGCGAAACAACUUCAAGACAAGCAUUUAACAGAAGACUCGCCAAGCACAGAUAAGGAAGAGGAAUCCAGUGAAGAUAUCCCACUGUCUAUCAAAAGGAAAAAUAAACUUUUAUUUAAAAAAGAGACUCGAAACUCUAAAUCUUCCUCUAACUGUAGAAGUUCACAGGAUGAGGCAAACAAGGUGUUGUGUGAACAAAGGACAGUAAAACACUCUACUGUCUCCCACAGCGUGCAGCUGAGGCAAAGUGUGCCCGAAGCCAUUGAUGGUUCUGAUUUACUUGAAGGAAAAACACCUUCUAGCGAGUCUAGUACUUCCCAUCUGCCUGACAAGGCAGCGAGGACAAGAAGCAGAAUCAACCCUCCAAGGUAUUUGCUUGAAUCUGACACUGAGCCCGAAACCAAUGAGGAGGAAUUUCAAGUAAAAGAAAAGAAUUCAAAAGUAUCUGAUAAAAAAACAAAUUGUAAAGUUUCUAACACUGCCAAGUCUUCAGCAGCAAAAUCAAGAGAACCUGAGAGGGAAAAGAUGCAGAAAUCUCAAGAACUUUUUCCGAGAGCAACUGACGGUUGGUCUGAAAAGGAAUUACAGAAGCUCUACAGGGCCAUUGCUUCAUUUCCAAAGCACAAGAAUGGCUUCUGGGUGGAGGUAGCCAUGGCGGUGGGGUCUCGCUCUGCUGAAGAAUGCCAUCAGAAGUAUGUAGAAGAACAACAGGCAAAAGGUUCCAAAACGCAUGCCAAGAAGUCCACCGCUUCAGGAAAACCAGAACAGAAAGGUACUGACAUCUUGGUUCUGGAUAAGAAAGAGCCGGUUAUGAUAACUGCCAAAGUGGGAACCUUCAAAAGAAAGCAGCAGAUGAGAGAUUUCCUGGACCAUUUGCCAAAGGACAACCAUGACGAUGUUUUCACUGCGACACCCUUUCAGAACAGAAGAGUAAAGUUGCCAGCGUUCCAGGGAAGCCACGAUGACGACGACGAUGACUUUGCACUUACAGACAACCCGAUCACACCUUCCUCUGCUGUCUUCCCUAUGGUGAAAACCCCUCAGUGUGAGCAUAUCAGCCCUGGUAUGCUGGUGCCCAUCAACAGGAACGAUUACGACAGGCACGUGUUCAGGAUGCAGAAGAACACGCAGGGCAGCAGAGGCACCUGGGACAACGUCAAGAAGUCGUCGGCCGGAGGUGUGCUUGGUACGCCAGCUUCGCACAGAACCAAGUUCAGUUUUGAUAAAAAAGUGAAACAGACCUCUGUUGUAGGGAAGCUCUUUGUGGUCGAGGCAGCAGAUUCAUCUGAUGAAGAACAGGAUGACUCUUAUUUUUCUGUUUAAUGAAUGAACUUUGUGGAUUUUAUUAGUUCAACACUUAUGCGCCUCUCCUAUGAAGCAAAGGGGUUUGGCCACCCCUCUGACGUGGUGUUCCUGUGAUGUUAAGAGUUCAGUUCGGAAGCCUUGACCUGCAGUGUUGUUACGUGUUCCAACGCCAGCCUCAUCUUGCUGCCUCCCCAGCAAUGUUUGUCAUUUUCCAUCUGUACAGUGGCACUUUCUUGCCCAGGCCCCUCCUUCCCAUUGCCCUGUUGCUCCUGGGGGAGGGAGGAAUGUACUCGGAUACCAAUUACUGGGAAGUUUUGAUUCGUUUUAAGAUAAAAUAUCUUUUUGAAAUAUGGCUGUACAAUAAAUUUAUAAUGGUACAGUCUGUAACUAAUUGGAAUUGCUUUUUAAUUUCCUCUACUGAGAGUUUGAAUUUUUACAUUUCCUUAAUGUAAUAAAACGGGACAAGCUUA